UGGAAGGCCUCGCUCGCGAGCUCUAUCUUUCAGUUUUCUGCUUUUAUCCUACCUUUCUUUGACCAAAGAAACCCACCCCACGCUUGCAUUAGUUAUAACACCCCCAUUAUUUUCCAUUUCCCCUCAAAAUCAAGAAAAAGUAGCAGAUCAUUCAUGAUGUUAUCUUGGAGGAGAAGAAGGGCUGCAGCUCGUCUUGCAAGAAACAACAAUCUUAAUAAUGAUGAUUCAGGCGAUCACUUGGAGAUGGAAAUCUCGAUUCCACCUCAUUUCCGGUGCCCGAUUUCUUUUGACUUGAUGAAAGAUCCGGUUACUUUGUCGACGGGGAUCACUUACGAUCGAGAGAGCAUUGAGAAGUGGAUAGAAGAUGGUAACCAGACUUGUCCAGUUACUAAUCAGGUGUUGUUGAGCUUCGAUCAAAUACCUAACCAUUUCAUACGCAAGAUUAUUCAAGAUUGGUGCGUUGAGAAUAGAUCUUAUGGGAUUGAAAGGAUUCCAACUCCUUGCAUUCCUAUCACGCCGUAUGAGGUUUCAGAGAUUUGUAAGAGAAUUAUGGGGGCAACCCAACGUAGGGAUCAUAAGAAGUGUGAAGAAUUGGUGGUGAAGAUCAAGAACUGGGGAAAGGAAAGCGAACGAAACAAAAGGUGUAUUGUGGAUAACGGAACCGGUUGUGUUUUGGCAGCUGCUUUCGAGUCAUUUGCAGAAGCAACAAGUACCUCUUCUGCCGCGGAGAAGUACACAGAUUUGCUGGUGGAGAUAUUGUCAGUUUUGGUAUGGAUGCUUCCAUUUGGUGGAGAAGGCCAGACCAGGCUAGGAUCGAUGAGUUCUUUACGUUGCAUAACAUGGCUUUUGAAGAAUAGUGGAGACCUUUCAGCUAGACAAAACGCAGUUUUGGUACUCAAGGAGCUUCUUUAUUUAGAUGAAAAGCAUGUAAAUGCCUUGGUGGAGAUAGGAGUUAUUCAAGCACUAGUCGAGUUAAUCAAGGAGCCAAUUUGCCCUGCUUCCACGAAAGCUUCACUAAUGGUGAUAUUCUACAUGAUAUCUCCUUCAACAAUCAGCGACAAGAUUGCAUCAACAUUUGUAGAACUGGAUUUUGUCUCGUUGAUAAUAGAGAUUCUCGUUGAUGGAGAUAAAAGCAUAUGUGAGAAGGCAUUGGGUGUAUUGGACCAUGUUUGUGACUCCAUAGAAGGGAGACAAAAGGCGUAUGAGAAUGCUCUUACAAUUCCUGUGUUGUUUCAGAAAAUUUUAGCUUCAGAAUUGUCAUCAAAGUUCUCAGUGUCAAUUCUGUGGAAGCUUUGCAAGAAUGAGAAAAGCGAGGAAGGAGGUGUUGUAGCCGAAGCACUUCAGCUUAAAGUAGGAGCAUUUCAGAAGCUACUGAUACUCUUACAGGUUGGUUGUGAUAAUAGCACAAAAGAGAAGGUUACUGAGUUGUUGAAAUUGUUGAAUCUUGGCAGAGCCAAGCUAGACUGUAUUGGUUCCUCAAUGGAUUUCAGGUACCUUAAGAAGUCCUACUGAUUUUCUUUUCCCUUUUUUUAAUUAGUAAAUUUAUUCAAUUCAGUGAAUUGUGCAAAAUAUGUUCAUGUAAAGGCUAUGAAUGUGAUAAAUGCUUAGUUAUAUUCAUUGUA